AUGCAGAAACUCACAAACAUCCGUGGAUUUCUUGUGUUGGACACACUGGCUUUACUUGAAAUAAAAUACAUCUCAGAGGCUCUUCAAAGAGGAGCAAAGAUGAAAAAGAAGAAUGUGGUGAUGAUAGCAUUAUUUCUGACAGGUGUCGUGUGCCUGGUCGUUACCAUUAACAAAAAUGAGUCUAAAGAAGAGGAUGUGAGUCCAAAGUGCAAGCAAAUAGAAGAAAUGCUUCAUAAUCUUACCGAUUUCCCCAGAACUCACACUCCUCAGCCAUCGUCUGCACCUUGUUACCCAAAUAUGUCAGCUUAUAAACUUCCUGAAUUCUCUACUCUGCAAGAUCAUAUUAAAGACUUUCUGCUUUAUCGACACUGUAAGAGUUUUCCUAUGAUUCUCGAUGUGCCUAAUAAGUGUGGUGGAGCUCAAAACUCUGCAGAUGUCUUCCUCCUGCUGGUCAUCAAGAGCUCUCCAGAGAAUUAUGAUCGCAGAGAAGUUCUGCGGAAAACAUGGGCUGAGGAGAGACUGCACAAAGGUGUGUGGAUCCGUCGAGUCUUCAUAACUGGUACAAGUAAAAGUGGCUUUGAGAAACGCAGGCUGAAUAGGCUACUGAUGCUGGAGAACAAUGAGAACAAGGACAUUUUACAAUGGGACUUCAAUGAUUCAUUCUUCAACCUCACACUGAAGCAGAUUCUUUUCUUAGAGUGGAUGGACAGAAGGUGCCCACACGCCAGAUUCCUUUUAAAUGGAGACGAUGACAUUUUUGCCAAUACGUUUAACAUGAUCGAGUAUCUUCAGGGUCAAAAAGACAAUGAUGGAAGUAGACAUCUCUUUACUGGGCACCUCUUGCAGAAAGUAAGACCUAUAAGAAAGCUUUCAAGUAAAUACUAUGUCCCAGUUCAGAUACAGGAGUCUAACAGAUAUCCUCCGUACUGUGGAGGAGGAGGCUUUCUACUGUCCGGCUUCACAGCCAGAACGAUCUACAACAUGUCUCACUCUGUAAUUCUGCUGCCCAUUGAUGACGUUUACAUGGGAAUGUGUUUGGAACAGGCCGGCCUCCAACCUACAUUCCAUUUUGGUGUAAGGACCCUUGGUAUGAAUGUCCCCAUUAAAAAUGCAGACAAACUUGACCCUUGCUAUUACAGAGAAAUCCUUGUAGUCCACAGAUUUCUGCCACACAUGAUUUUUGUGAUGUGGAAUGAAAUACAAAACCCAGAUUUGCAAUGCGCAAAGACACAUUCUUCUCUUCACACAAGCAAUACUAGCUCAGUAUUUAUGUGAAGUAUCCCUACUCAACAACUAUUGUAAAUGAUUUUCAUGCUUAUUCUAAAUAACCAGAGUACUUUCAAAAUAUAAAAUAAGCUACAAAGCUGUCACAGGGCAGAAUCCUAAUGGACUUAAAUGAAUUAUUAUUAUUACAUUUAAAAGUAAAUAUUUUAUUUUAUCAGGUAAAUUCUCAA